CUUUUGUCAACACACAACUUUUUGAUAAUUUCAACAGAUUAGCAUCGCAAUUCCCGUCUUCAUCUCAUUUUCUCUCAAUUUUUCGCUUUUGAUUUUUUCGUUUGCUUGCCGGAGAUACAGAUUUCAGCCAAGAAAUCGAACGAAACUUCAGUUUUGGUCUCCUCCUUCCCUGCCGCCGACUCUCAGUUUUUCGUGACUAUAAUGUCGACGAGCUCGUUCAAGCAAGAGCAUGAUUUUGAAAAGAGACACGCUGAGGCUGCCCGGAUUAGAGAGAAGUACCCAGACAGAAUUCCAGUAAUUGUGGAGAAGGCAGAGAGAAGUGAUAUUCCCAACAUUGACAAAAAAAAGUAUUUAGUGCCUGCUGACCUGACUGUUGGUCAAUUCGUUUAUGUUAUCCGGAAGAGAAUAAAACUGAGUGCAGAAAAAGCAAUUUUCAUAUUCGUGGACAAUGUGCUACCGCCAACAGGGUCUCUCAUGUCUGCAAUCUACGAUGAGAGGAAGGAUGAGGAUGGCUUUCUCUAUGUUACGUACAGUGGAGAGAACACAUUUGGGUGACACCCACAAAAGUAUGCAGUUUCCUGCUCUCUCUCCUUGUUUAUUAUUGUCUUUAUCAGUCUCCCACAACCCAUUGUUAAUCUUUGUUACUGUUUGUGCCAAACGUAUGCCAAAUCGCGUCUGUAAAUAAAUUGUAUAGUCGAUGACAGACUUUUUAUAUAUAUAUAUAUAUAUAUAUAUAUCCUCUGAUAAACUUUGAGGCCAUAGUCAUUAUUUCAACUUGUAAUCCAGUUGAAUUGUACCUAAUGAAGUGCUAAAAGUUGUAAACUCUAAAGCUUUGAUGGCCUUGAUUCAGAUUUGAAGUUCGAAAUGAACAUAUUGAACUGAUCAAA